AUGGCCGCCGAAAAGACCAGCAACCCCAUGCGGGAGCUCAAGAUUCAGAAGCUCGUUCUGAACAUCUCCGUCGGUGAAUCUGGUGACAGACUCACUCGUGCCGCCAAGGUGCUUGAGCAGCUGUCCGGUCAAACCCCCGUCUACAGCAAGGCCCGUUACACCGUCCGAACCUUCGGUAUCCGUCGUAACGAAAAGAUUGCUGUCCACGUCACCGUCCGUGGCCCCAAGGCUGAGGAGAUUCUUGAGCGUGGCCUCAAGGUCAAGGAGUACGAGCUGCGCAAGCGCAACUUCUCCGAGACCGGUAACUUCGGCUUCGGUAUCAGCGAGCACAUCGAUCUUGGUAUCAAGUACGACCCCUCCAUCGGUAUCUACGGCAUGGACUUCUACUGCUGCAUGACCCGCCCUGGUGAGCGUGUCACUCGCCGCCGCCGCAUGAAGAGCAAGAUCGGUGCUUCUCACCGCAUCAAGCGCGAGGAGACCGUCAAGUGGUUCAAGGGCCGCUUCGAUGGCAUUGUCCGAUAA